AAUGUCAAUGAAAAAGCCAAGAGAGAAAGAAUUCAAAGAAAGCAUAUCUCUCUAACUCCUCCAACUCCUAUAAAAUUCCACUUUCACAUAUCUCUUUCUUUUUUCUCUUUUCAAUUUUUCAUGUAUAAAUAAUUAAUUGCCCAACUCACUCAGUGCUCCACCAACCCCUCUUGCUUCUUCCUCUUAUCUUUCUCUCUAGAUUUUGCCAUUCACCCUAAGAGUCAGCGCCAUCUUUUGUGCCUUAUUUCCUCCCUCUGUUCCGAGACUUUGAUGAUGCUUUAAUUGGGAGGAGAAAAGAAAAACCACACUGAUUUUUUUAUCUGUUUAAUUUAUAGCCAUACCCAGAAGUCUCUUUCUGCUAUUCUCUCUGCAUACAUACUUGAUGGCUGAGGACUGGGAUCUCUUUGCCAUCGUGAGAAGCUGCCAAUCAGCCACCACAACAAUUCCACAAACCACCACCAAUAAUACUUCCUCUCCCUUGAUCACUUCCACUGUAAAGGAAGAAAACUAUGAUGGAUUUUCCUUUCCCAAUAUAGUGCAACCCAUAACCAAUGAGUUUCAAGCGCUACACCAACUGUUCACACCCUUUAACCCCACCACCAACACCACUAACACUAGUGCUUCUGGCAUCAAUCCCAAUUCCCCUUAUUUUGCAGAACAGGAAAGCCAGCAAAUUAGUGAGCACCUUCCUAUUUGGCCUCAUUUCGUGCCAGAACACUCUUCCACUCCCAGUUUCAGUAGAUUCCAUGACCAUCAACAACAACAGCAACAGAUCAAUCAACUACAGGCACUUCAGAAACACGAAUUUCAACUGCCCCAGAACAAUUCCCCCACAGUUUCACCAAACGCACAACCUCAAACACCCAAAUCAAGAAAAAGAAAAAGCCAACAGAAGAAAAUGGUAUGCCAUGUAACCGCAGAUAACCUCUCAGCAGAUUUGUGGGCAUGGCGAAAAUACGGACAAAAACCAAUUAAGGGUUCUCCAUAUCCAAGGAAUUACUAUAGGUGCAGCAGCUCCAAAGGUUGUAUGGCUCGAAAACAAGUUGAACGGAGUAACACUGAACCCGACAUGUUCAUCGUUACGUACUCCGGAGACCAUUCCCAUCCCCGGCCAACCCACCGGAAUUCGCUCGCCGGAAGUACCCGGAAUAAGAUUCCGGCGACCAAUCCGCUACCGUCACCUGGGUCACUCUCCUCCUUCCAAGCCACGCCCUUUUCUUCUUCUUCUUCUUCGCCACCACACUCUCCGACGUCGCCGUCGGAGGAGCCACCGGAAACCGGCGAUUUAGAACCCGACCCGGAUAUGGAAACCGAUGGGGACGAUGACGGUGACAUUCAAAUACAAUAACCCUUUAUCACAGCCUUCUUGUCCAGCAAGUUUUGCAGGGUCUCAUCGAAGUGACGUCGUUUCGAAGAACCAAACCAGUUCGGAUUUGACUUCUUUUGAACCGGUUCAGAUCUCCCGGGCCGCUUUCCGGUCACGUCGUUUGCACACCUUUGAAUUUCCUUCAUUAAUGACCGUUGGAUUAUUAGUGUCCGUGGAUCAGGAAACGCUGUUGGAUCCUCGUCCUCCAAAUCGAAGCCGUACACUUGAAUCUUGCACAUAGAAUAGUUCUCCCUCGAGAGUCGAGAAUAUGCCACCUAAGAUCUGCCAUGUGGGUAACCCACUUAAUUUUUUUUUCUUUAAAUAAAGGAAAUCGCCAAAUACGUGAUUAAGAAACAAAAUAAAUAGAUAGUAUUUUUUUGUUUAAUGAGAUUGGUGACCAAGUCAACACGGCAAGCACAGUGCCAAUGCACAUCCAAUCUAAAAUUAAUACCAAGUUUACAAUGAAUUUCCAUUUUGGUUCCGUUUCUGUAAAUAACAUAAAUAUAAAUGUUUUAUCCCCAGGUCAA